AUGUUGUUCUCGUUACUGAUCUCUUCUAAAUUCCUAAUUUCAUCAUGUCUUCUCUUUUUAUCAGUAGCAGCUCACGAGGAUACCGAUCCAGAGCUAAACAUGAAUACGUCUCAAAUCAUUGAACGUUGGGGAUACAAAGCAGAAGUGCAUACUGUAACUACCGAAGAUGGAUACAUUUUGGAAAUGCAAAGGAUUCCAAACGGAAAAAAGAGUGUAUCCUGGCCGAAUGGAAAGAAACCUGUUGUUCUAAUGCAGCACGGAUUACUGGCAUGUGCAAGUGAUUGGGUUGUGAAUCUACCCGAUCAGAGCGCAGCUUAUGUAUUCGCGGAUGCUGGUUUUGAUGUGUGGUUGGGUAACUACGAUCUGACGGCUAUGGUGGACCACGUUUUGGCAAUGACUGGACAAGAAAAUCUAUAUUAUAUGGGACAUUCCCAAGGUACACUGAUCAUGUUCACACGAUUGGCAAAAGAUACUGAUGGCAGCUUUGCAAAGAAGAUCAAGAGAUAUUUCGCAUUAGCUCCAAUAGGAUCUGUAAAGAACAUCAAAGGAUUCUUAUCCUACUUUGCUCAUAAGUUCUCUCCUGAAUUCGAUGGAUGGUAUGAUCUGUUUGGUUCCAAAGAUUUCCUUCCUGACAAUUGGAUUACAAAAGAGGCAUCCAAAGACAUUUGUGGAAGUUCGGAGAAGGAAGCUGAAAUGUGUGAUAAUGAGUUGUUCCUGAUUGCGGGACCAGAAAGUAAUCAAUGGAAUGCAUCUAGAACCGCAGUAUACAGUUCACAAGAUCCAGCUGGAACUUCGACUCAAAACAUUGUUCACUGGAUGCAGAUGGUCCGACACGGAAGAGUUCCUGCAUUCGAUUGGGGAAAAAAAAUCAAUAAGAAGAAGUACGGACAGGAUACACCACCAGAAUACGAUUUCAGUGCAAUCAAAGGAACAAAAAUUCAUUUGUAUUGGAGUGACGACGACUGGUUGGGAGAUCCAACUGAUAUCCAUGAUUUCUUGUUGAAAGAGUUGAAUCCUGCUGUUAUUGCUGAGAAUGUUAAUUUGAAAAACUUCAAUCAUCUAGAUUUCUCAUGGGGAUUGAGUGCAACUCCAGAAGUUUAUCUUCCCGCAUUGAAGACAUGUACAGAUGAUUAUUUGGGAAAAUCGUGA